AUGCCCUCCCCCCUCCCCUCCCCUCUGGGCUUCUCUUCUCUUCUCCCUCGGAUGCUCUGCGAUAAGCAGAGCACCGAGCUUCUCCCCUUCAUCCGCCGCACUGCAUCCUGCUCCCCUGAUCUGUGGAACCGUUCACAAUUUAAACCUUGUUCCCCUCGAUCUGUCGUCCGUCACCCUGGGCCACCUAUUUUCGAGCCCCCCGGUCCGAAUCCGUCGUUCCUGCGCAGGGCUCUCAGCGUGCAUGCGAAGAUGCAGCGGGGCGCGAUGUGGGCUGCACCGCUGCCCCGACCCCCCUUGUCAUUUUCUCUCGCAAUCGAGGUAUUCGGCAUCGCAAAGGUGUUCUGCCACGCCCGCCCGCGCUCUGCUUUUGUCAGUCGCGUUGCCGUUUCGAGCGCGUCCCCCGGACAUCAUCGCUCGCCCCGCACGUUCGAUGACAUCCACGCCUGCGCCGAUUUCGCCAGUCGCGCCGGCGCACACACGUUGUGCGUUCUCGCCGAGCUCGACAAUCACGAGGUGCGGACGUGGAGGGCGAGGGAACGUGCGCUGCCAUAUGAGAGCGUGCGUUCCGUUCUUACUCUCCCACCGACCAAUGGACCCCACACCGCGCAUGUCGUAUUUAUCCCGCCCACGUUCACAGCUAACCCAACCCCCGCGUCCUCGCCGCUUCGCGAAGGCAGUGCCUGGCACCGCCUGGCCGCCUCCGAGUUAGCGGUUGGGAGACGCAUGCCGUGCCCGGCGCGCCUGCUCAAUAUUAGCUCGCGGCGGCUCACCGGCGGCCUGAGGGCGCACGCUUCUGCCGAGGGCUUCGUGGUCGCCAUCCAUGAAUUGAUGAUGCUGGCAAGACGUGCUGGCAAGACGACAUGGGCCGUCCCCCGUUCUUGCGCCUGGCGAUCUAUUCGCCUCGCUCGCUCCUUUCGUGGCAUUCUGAGGCUCACGCUGUGCUUGGAAGAGCUCGCGCGACGUCCUUACCGGUCCGCAGCGUCCUCACGCUUCUAA